UCCCCAACAUGGCGACGGGGACACGAGCCCGGCGGGCGGGCGGGGCGGCUCCCGGCCAGGCCCGCACAGAAGCCGUGCCGCACGGCCAGCCGGCGCCAUUUUCCCGCGCCAGGCCCGGGCGCCGUCUCCUUCUAGCGUCGCCAGCCGGGCCGGGACCGUGGACGCCCGGCGGGCCCACCCCUUACGGGCCAGCGUCGCCGUCACCUCACCUGAGCGCGGCCCCAGCCCUCCCGGGCGGGCCUCGGAGCACCGGCCCGGGCCGUCCGUGCCCGCGGCCCUCCAUCAAGUUACAGAAAUACCAACCCAGAAAGUUUCUUUUGUUCUCUCCCACGACCCCUCCCAGUCAAUAUUGGCUCCCCCAAAGAAACAAGGGUCCUACCAGAAGCCAGGUAACAGGUUGAGAUGACAUCAUACACACCUCCAAAUCUCAUGAAAGUUUCUAGAGAGGAACAGUACAUGAUUUUUGUGUCAAACAGACUGCUUUUGAAUCAUGGAUCUGCCAACUGUCAGCUGGGUGACCUUAGGCAAUUACUUCACGUCUCUUAACCAAAAUUUCCUCAUUUAUAAAAUGGGGAAAUCAAUACCAACCACAUGAAGACGUGCCUGUCUCAUCAGUUUCAUCUCAUCCCAUUAUGCUCUCAGUAUGCUCUAGAAUAAGGGUCAGCAAACUACUGCCGUUAGGCCAAAUUGAGCACUGUUUUUAUAAAAUAAAGCUUUAUGGGAACAUAGCUAGUUGUUUACAUAAUAUCUGUGGUUGGUUUUGCACUACAACAGCAAAGUUGAGUAGUUACUACAAGGAACAUAUGGCCUCAAAGCAUGAAAUAUUUACUGUCUGGACCUUUGCAGAAAAAGUUUAUCAACCAACACCUGCUCGAGGAAGAAGACACCCGCAUUCUUCCACUUCCUUUAACAUGACACUCUCCUCACCACAGGACCUUUACACAUACUGAUCCCUUUGCCGAAAAUGACAGUCUCACAGCUCACAUCUAUCCUGCUCAUCCUCAUCACCUCCCUGGGGAGGACUUUGCUGAUCCCACCCCACUCCUGAAUUAAAUUAACUUUCCUGUUAUACAGUCUCAUAGCAUCCCUCGUAGAGAUUAUCGUGAUGGCAAUUGCCCUAAUUAUCUGUGUCUUUAUUUCUUUAAUGUUUCAUUCCCCUGUAGAACUGCAAACCCAUAAAAAAUAGUCUUGUUCAAUGAUGAAUCUCCAGUGCCUAACAAAGUACCUGGAAUAUAAUGGAUGGAUACAUACAUGCAUGAAUGACAUAAUCUGCAAAAGGUACUUACUGUCUGACAUACUGUAUAAAGUAUACUUUAUAACAAAUAGUUCACAUAAUAGAUGUGUAAAUGGUUAAGAACACAAAUUAAGAGUUGGACAUCCUGAAAUUGAACCCCAAUUCUUCCAUUUAAUACAUGAGGAACCUUUGACAAAUCCCUUAACCUCUUUUUGCCAUUUUUCCAUCUGUAAAAUGGGUAUAUUAGUAUCUACCUCAUGAGGUUUGUAAUGAAGAUUAAAUAAAAUUACCACAUAAUGUGUUUAGCAUAGAGCCUGGCACACAUUAAGUGUCCAAUAGAUGCUAUCUAUAAUUAUGGUUAUUGGUUAUCUUUGUAAUUUUUAUAGUGCAAGUCUUAGAUAGAU